CUAGUGAAUCCCUGGAUUGAGCGGCCCUGCUGUGGGGACCCCGUAUGCGUGCAUACGACCAUGGAGCAGAAGAGCACAGCCAGCAGUGCUCCUGGUGGUAACUGCACCUCCUCCCAGUAUGGCAGCCUCGCCGCUCCCACCGCCAGACCCGCGGUUUGUCCUCCGAGGUACCCAGUCGGCAGUACACGCGCUGCAUUUCUUCGGAGGAGCCGAAGAGCAGGGGCAGCCGCUCCUCCUCUCAGGAUCCCUGAGUGGGCUGGUGCACAUCUGGAGCCUGCAGACACGGAGGGCGGUUGCUACCCUGGACGGCCAUCGGGGCCAGUGUGUAACCUGGCUGCAUUCAUUGCCCCAAGGGCACCAGCUCCUCAGUCAGGGCCGGGACCUGAAGCUGUGCCUAUGGGACCUGGCGGAGGGCAGAAACGCUGUCGUGGACUCCAUGCGCCUGGAGAGCAUGGGCUUCUGCAGGAGCACCGUCCUGGCCAGGGGUCAGAGGCACUGGAUGCUGGCCAUGCCGGGGAGAGGCAGUGACGAGGUUCAGAUUCUGGAGAUGCCAUCCAAGACGUCAGUGUGCACCCUGAAGCCGGAGGCAGAUGCCAAGCCGGGCAUGCCCAUGUGCCUGGAGCUGUGGCAGGCCGAGUCCAGUCCCCGCCCACUCCUCCUGGCCGGCUAUGAGGACGGAUCAGUGGCCCUGUGGGACGUCUCUGAGCGGAAGGUGUGCAGCCGUGUCGCCUGCCACACAGAGCCCGUCAUGGGCUUUGACUUUGACUCCCAAAAGGCCAGGGGCGUCUCGGGCUCUGCGGAGAAGGCGCUGGCUGUCUGGAGCCUGGAUGAGCAGCAGGCCCUGCAGGUAUGCAAAACUCAUGAACUCACCAAUCCUGGGAUUGCUGAUGUCAAGAUCCGGCCAGACCGCAAGAUCCUGGCCACUGCAGGCUGGGACCAUCGUGUCCGUGUGUUUCACUGGCGGACAAUGAAGCCACUGGCUGUACUGUCCUUCCACAGUGCUACUGUCCACUGUGUGGCCUUCGCUGCCAAUGGCUUGCUUGCUGCAGGGUCCGGGGAUCAGCGCAUCAGCAUCUGGUCACUCUACCCGAUUAGCAGUGACUCAUCCACUCCCUUGUCAGGACAUGUGGAGGACACGGAGGUGGGAGCCCAUGCCUUGGCCUGACCCAGGCAUGUAGUAACCGUGCAUCAGGACCCUUGAGGACAACCAGUCACAGUUAUCUUCCUCCAGUUACGAGAGGUGUCCAGUCCUUGGAGUCCUCAUUUUCUUCACAAGGCUUGGGUUUCCUUUUUUUUUUUUUUUUUAAAUGUCUUUAUUUUUGAGAGAGAGAGAGAGAGAGAGAGAGGGAGACACAGAAUCCGAAGCAGGCCCCAGGCUCUGAGCUGCCAGCACAGAACCCGACACAGGGCUUGAACCCACGAACCGUGAGAUCAUAACUUGAGCCUAAGUCAGACACUCAACCGACUGAGCCACCCAAACGCCCCGGCUUAUGUUUCCUUUUGUGAAAUACAGCCUCUGUCUGACAGUGACUGCAGUUUACAAAGAGUAACCGGGCCAGACACCUGGGCAUCUGUGGUCCAGGUGAGAGGCCAACCUGGGGAUACUAUUUUAUAAUAAACUUCCAGUUGCAAACCUGCAGGUUCAAAGUACAAAUUCUCCAAGGUGACACCCUGCUUCCCCCUUAGAGUUAGCUCUGAGAGCCAUCCUCAGACUUUCCAAUGGGCAGGACAGUUGACCCCUGUCCAAUGGGGGGUACCGAAUGUGGUCCCCAGGUCCUGCUGACUCCAUGUGGCUCCUUAUACCCAAGGAUGGCCAGGAGCUUCUGAUGCACAGGGCUGAAGCCAGAACCAGUAGAAAGAAGUGACCAGACCCUUCAAGAGAACACGGCAGAAGCAGGGUGGCCACGGCUGAUGGCAAAGGUCAGUUGGAGCCACUGCCACAGAGCAAGGAUCUCUAAAUGCAGUGGAGUCCGUGGAUCUCAGAGUGGCAAGGCCUAGUGGUGGCACUUCAUGACCCAAGACAUGGUAGGUGUGGUUGUGUGGUGGGCAGCGGACCACUGCAGCCACCAGCAGCCAGACUCACAGAGGUGCAGGUGUGGGCUGGUGGCCUUGGGGCCCUGGAAGUGGAGCUGAUGGGAAGCCUACUCAAAUCUGGCUUGGUCUGCUUGAGCGGAAGCGUUCUGGAUCUAGCAGACAGAUGUCUGACCCAGGCCACCAAAACAGAGGCACAGCCCCUCCAUCACAGACCCAGGCCUUGUGAGGAAAGAUCGCACUGCACUGCUGACCACGUAUACUUCGGAUCUUCUGCCCAGCCUCCCCAGUGACCUACGGCUACUCCCGAGGGGACGGCACACUGUUGGAGCUCACUGACAGCCCUGCCUGGGGACUGGCGUACCCACAUGGGCCCUGUUGGACAGAGGUGCUGGAGAGUGUCCUCCGGCACCUUUGGGAGGGACCACACUGGCCCCGGAGUGUCCUGUGGCCAGGCUACCAGAUGUUAGGGGACCCAUCUAGAGGGAUUUCCACAGCAUGAAUGUCCGAAGGAGAGGCUCUGUUUAGGCUGCAGGCACUUGAACCUCACCAGACAUGAGGGGAACUGCCGAGUGAGCCACAUUCGGGGUGCUCCUCACAGGGAGGCUGUCAGGUCAGAGACCAUGGAGGGUGGCUGAGCCACAGCCCUGCCAUGACUCCCAUAUACCAAGGACGUUCUAGAACAGCAGCCGUGGGCUGCUCAGUGCUGCUGCUCACCUUCCUUCUCUUUCUCUCUGCAAGAGGCACCCAUCUGCUGACAUGACCACAGGCAGUGGGACACUGGGUUGUGGGUGGUCAUUCUGAAAAAUGAACCUUUGCUAAUCCUGCCCACGGCCAGGCAGCCACGGGCUGAUGCUAAACAGCAAAGGAUUGUUGGAUGAGUCUCGGAACGCACCUAGCCUCCUUGCUAAAGCAAAGGUGUGAACGCACAGAGUGGUGUCAACAUCCCACCCUCACCAGCACUUUUGGGAAUGGGCUGCGCUGCAGGCAGUUGCCGGGAGGGAGGGGCAUGCCUGUACAGCAGGGGAAGGGAGAGGCGAGCCCCUUCAGUUACUCUGCAUGCCCUUCAGGCAGCCCUGCCAGAACCCACUGCCAUGGCUGGGAAGCCUGUGUGGGGGUACCGUCCACCCUGCCUCAGCUCUGGCCCUGAGGCAUCAGGCCUGGAGCUGGUACAACCUCAAGAGGCUGUGAACCCAAUGGCCAAGGAAAUGGUGUCCCCGCCCCUUGUAUAUGCCUGUGUCAUCAGUUCAUCAGGAAUCUUGGGGACUCUGUCUCUUGGCAGAAUCACCAUAUUUACAAAAACAGCCAUGGAGGUGUGUGUUCCAGACAAAGGGACAGGGUAGUGCAAGUCAGCAUGAGGUUUAUUAAAGCCAGAGAUACUUCCAGAAUGUCUGAGGUGCUCUGUGUGUGUUGACUGCCUGUGUCUUGCCUCUGGAGAUGGUAGAGAGGAGGUGUUGGCAGACGCAGACCCGGCGUCCAUACCUGGCCCUCACCUUCCUGUUAAAGGCACCAGCAGAGGUGCAUAGAGGAUCACAGGCAACUGACCGUGCACUGGGCUCUGGGCUGUCCCACCGGGGUCACAUGCUGGUGAGCAGUGUCCGGGGACGUCUUGUGGCCAAAUCUCUACUUAUGGGGGCCAAAUUGGGCUGUGACAGCCCUGCAGGACCUGUGUGUCUCAUGGGGUCUUGUGGAUAGGCAAGCAUGUUCUGAGGCCAGCCAGGCUUUAUGGAUGUUAUAGGGAAAGACUGGUGGCCAGGACUUUUGUCCAUUCAGCUGAGCCACCUGGAACCGCAAUGGCACCAACUGUAUUAGAAACGCUGGUGUCUGAACCAGCGUGGCUCUCCUCUCGGCCCACCAUGUGGCCCGAGGUUUUGUACAACAGGAUCUGAGGACGUUAGCAAAUCACCACAGACCUGACCAGUCUCAGACUCCCCGCAGCAUCAUCAAAAACAGGGGCCCCACUCUGACGCCCAGCCUGAAGAAGAUGCUUCAUGUUUGCAAAGUCCCAGAUAGUCCUUGUCAUGUCCCUCCUCAGACCUGACCUGGUGUCGGUGGCUGGCUGCGCCACGGGACCCAGGUGUGCAGGAGCACUGCUGUCUUCCAACAGCUGUGCAGCCCCCUUGCUGGAAGCACUUAAGCUGAUCUCCCUGACCAUCCCAGGGUGGGCUGCAGAGUGGGCACAGCGGCGUCCCUGCAGCUCUCCCGCAAUGACAGGCAGGUACUCGAUGAGGAGGAGCCUCUGUGUAGAUCCACGGUUGUGCUUUACCAGAAGGAUGUGUGCAUUCUCAUGGCCAGUCCCUUUGCUGUUAACUUAGGGACCUUAAUGUUCUGGGAGUGGCGGCUUUUGCUUUGCAUGGAUGAUCAUAGCAGCUUUAUUCAUAACAGCCCUAAACUAGAAACACCCCAAAUGUAUUGACAGAUGAAGGGACAGAGAAGCAAACUAUGGUGCAUCACUACGUGCAGUCCUGCCAGCCAUGAAGAGGAGCCUGGAUGGACCCUGAGGAACUGGGCUUGGGUGGAAACUACAGUCUGCCAAGGUCCAGCCCAUUCCCAGAUCUCCCUCAGGCUGUGCAGGAUGUCUGCAUGAGGCACCCUGGGGUAACACCUCAAAACUGAUCUGGGCAUGGCCUCGGGCAGAGGCCCAUAGGAGGUCUCUCACACCCCGUGACAGUUUUCUCCACUUUCCAUUUUACCACAGUACAAAAGGCCUGCUUUUCCUUAAAGAUGUUUCCACAUGCCUCGUGUUGGCCAAUAAAACCUGUCCUUGGAAGUCCAGUUACCAAUGGUGUUCCUCAACCUAUUAAACAGACAAAAGAAUGAGAGCAGGGCUUGGGCUGGGCCUCCUGGCCUUCACCUCAGGCCAUGUGGGAAGCCCUACUCCCUUCCGGUCACCUGCCUGCAGGCCAGUAGCAACCACAUUUGCUGACAGGCCAUGUCUGCGUGUCCACAUGGUACCUUGGGGGCCAGGCCAUGCCUGUGUUCCUUCAUGUAAGUUGCUUUCAUCAAGACCCUUCCCAGCCCACCAGCACCUCCGCACACCCAGCCACGUCUGUCUGUGGCAUCUGGGUGGCUCUUCGAAAUCAUCCCUGUGAUUUUCUCCCCAUUUCCAAAGUGCCUUUCCUAGCCGAGCAACAUUUUUCAGGACUUCCACUUAAGCACUGUUUCAUUCAGAGGUCACUUUGAUUUAGCACAGUCCACAGUGGCCCAACUGGUGCUUCUUCAUCACCGACAUCGAUGUUAUCAUCCAGAAAGAUGAGGAAGGCCAUGGCGCGGGUGCCCAGGGGACAGGAAAUGCAGCCAGGCAGAGACCUGUGGUUCCCCAAGGGAAUGUAACUAGACAAGCAUCACUCAUCAUGUGUCCUCAGUCACCCUCACCCUCAGGAAGACCUUUUCCAGCCCAACCUAGCCACUGAGAGGGGCUCACUAGUGUCUCAAAGAAGUCUUCGUUAAUACUCUCUUAGUGGAGAAGCUGCACACAAUCAGAGAAAACUCAUUUGGGAGAAGCUAUAGACGUUUCUUGUGUGCAGCUCUGGUCAGUGUGUCCUUUUUUUUUUUUUUUUUUUUUUUAAGUUUUAUUUAUUUAUUUUGAGAGAGACAGAGACGGCGCAAGUGGGAGAGAGGGAGAGAGAGAAAAUCCCAAGCAGGCUCCGCAGCACUAUCCGCACAGAGCCCAGCGCGGGGCUCGAGCUCAUGAAACCGUGAGAUCAUGACCUGAGCCAAAACCAAGAGUCGGACGCUUAACCAGGCACCCCUCUGCUCAGUGUGUUCUGUUGUCCUGUCCUUGGCACAGCUUCCAUGGGUCAGGAGUGCGGGCACAGGAUAGCCGGGGCCGCUGGUGGGAACCUCACAGACUGUAGUUAGGUAUCAGUGGGACCGGGUCCUCUUCCAGCCCUCCUGGUUAUUAGCAGAAUCCACAAGUUUGUGCUAGAUGCCUGAUGCCCAAGGCCUGAGGCUCCUUCACAGCCAGCAGGCGUGGCCUUGGGGUAUUCUGUGCUGUGACUUUCAUGGGCCCAGGGUGUGAUCUGAAUGUUCUUUUGGGGAGUCCAAGCAUCCCCUUGCCACCACCUCCAGGGCAGAGGGUGCCUCUGGAAGGCUGGGACUGCAGCAGGUCCCACCUCAAGGCCACCUGCCCUGAAAGGCAAAGCAGCUGUGCCAUUCUGGCCAGCCAGCUCGGGCAAGUGGGUGGCCCGGUAUGUGCAUCUGAACCUGCCUCAGGAACCUUCUGCAGAUCCCCCUCCAGACCUCUGGUAACCCUGUAAGAGGGGUUCACAGCCAUUCCCACCCAGCAGGUGGGCAGCGCUUACCCAGCAUCCACCACAGGCCAGGUCCCUCUCGGACAAGCAGGAAGCUCACGGCAGACCUGGCAAGGACCACGGUCAGUCGUUGAGAAUUCAUCAUCUUUUCCUGCGCUCCCUGAGUUUCAUAGAUGGGGUAACGUCGAACAGCCAUGUGCUUUGGAAGUACGCAAACCAGCCUCCACGUCUGGUGGGGGGCAGUGAGCCCCAGAGAGCUGGACAAGGCACACAGACACAGGAUUACCCGAGGAAGGGCUUGCUGUGGCGCAGUGUCCAGGGAGACCUCGCUGCACUCGCUCGGCAGUCUGGCUUUGUGCUGACGUGCAGUGCGUGUCUUUACACUCCCGAGUGACUGAUGUUCAAUCAGGUGUUACCCACCUGUGUCUGUGCCAAGAAGCCACAGAACACCCUCUGCACAAAAGGACUAUUUGCACAAAGGAAAAAACAUUCCUUCAGGGGGUUCUUUAGAAACGCUUGAUACUCAACUAGCUAUAACUUCAUGGGAAAGCCUGGUGUCAAAGACGAGCUGGCACAGACGAACACCUUAAAGCUGAGUGUGCCGUGCACCUGUGCUCCAGCGCAGGCGAACCGCUGCUCCCCACCACGCCCCACAGCUCCAGCAGCGCAGCCGCCCCAUGUCCAGCCCACUCCCCUCUCCUACAGCAUCACUGCCCCCCAGUUUCACACGCGCCCUGCCUAGACUCAGCUUCCCCAGGCCAAGCUCACCAGCUUGUCUGGCACCUCCCUUAGGAGCCAGGCAGGAAGGAAGCACCUGGGCUGGACAGAGCUGAACAAGAUCCCGGGAGCCAGGAGGCUGCUAUUGAGUGGGGCAGACAUACACCCAGCCCACCCGGAAACAUGCCCACCACGUAUAGGAUUGUCAGUUCUACAAAGGAAGUUCCGAAACCACGCUGAGGAAAUCCAUGCAGGAAAACAUCUGAGUGGGAGACAGAGCCACAAACCAUAGGAAGUAGGGUGUACCUGUAUUGUGUGCUAAACUGAAACAGGUGCUCAUGGCCUUUAAAUGAAAUGUUUUAAAUGAAAUAUCCCUGCCAAAGGGGGAGUGCCUAGAGCCAUUCCAUGUGCACACCUGACACCCGACUUGGGCUCUCGGAUCUUGGAGCAGGGUCAGGAAAGUACACCUUGUGUGUCAUUGACAGACACCCUUGGGCAACAGCGUCUGGGACCUUGGCCCCACAAAGCCAAAAGUAUUCAUGUUUGCUGGCCGCCAAACAUUCUUUAAAGAAUAGCUGCUUCUGUGGCACAGGGCAGACGUGGGGAAUCCUGCUACGGCCACAAGGCCCGGAUGUGGUCAGAGGUGCCAAGAGCAGCACGAGAGGCCAAGGGGGGUUCCCACACAGGUCUGGGAUGCAUCAGGCAUCAAGCAGACAGUCAACAGUCAUCUGUUCAAACUGGUGAGAUUGUGAUAGGCCAAGAAUUCUCACUGACACGAAAACAAGAAAAGUUAACGUGAAGUAGACCAGAAGAAUAUUGUAACAGUUAAGUAGGCCAAGUGUGUCUGAACACUGCUAUGGUCUGAAUGUCUGUGUCCCCCUCCAAGUUCCUAGGCUGAAACCAACCCUCCAGGUGAUGGCAGCAGGAGGUGCUUAGGUCACAGGUGGAGCCUUUGUGAAUGGGAUUAGUGCCCAGAGAGCUCCCCCUGCCCUUCUGCCACUCAAGGACACAGGAAGUGGUCUCUUGCCACACACUGGAUCUGCCUUGAUUGUGGACUUCUGGCCUCUAGAACUGUGAGAAAUGAAUUUCUGUUGUUUAUAAGCCAUAGCAGCCUGAACGGACUGAGACAAAAUGUUAUAUUUUUAUUGUUUUUUAAGAUGUGGAAUGUUAAGGGGCGCCUGGGUGACUCAGUCAGUUGACUGUCCAACUUUGGCUCAGGUCAUUUUCUCACAGUUCGUGGGUUUGAGCCCCCAUCAGGCUAUGUGCUAACAGCGCAGGGCCUGGAGCCUGCUUCGGAUUCUGUGUCUCCCUCUGUCUCUGCCCCUCCCCAACUUGGCGUGUGCACUCUCUCUCAAAAUUAAAUAAACAUUAAAAAAAAAAAUGUGCCAUUAAUAAACCAGCCCAAACUCAGCAGUGUCCAGCAGUCAUCUGUACUCAUGGAAUCCAGGGGCCAGGAAUUUGGGAAGGGCUCAGCAGGGCAGUAGAGACCAGAGAGGACUGGGCACAGAGGACACUGUCGAUGUGAACGCUUCUGCAUGGCCUCUCAGCCUGGCAGUCUCAGGGGAGCCAGGCUUCUUACAUGGGGCCUCCAAGAGCUUAUCCAGCAGACCAGCAAGGAGCCUUCUUUGCCCAGCCCUGGUAUUCGAAAAGGGACACAAGACCCCACCUCAUGAGGGAAGAAAGCCAAAAUGUCUUCAUCCUUUACAAAAUGAGGCUUGUCCUUGUUUCUCUUUGGGUAGCAAGAAAGAGUGAGCACAGACAACUGAGACCCGAGGACUAGGGGGAAGGAGCCCAGGACAGGACCUGGGCCCCCUACCAUCACCAGGUGGGAGCACCGAGCCAUGCAUAGGGAGCACCCCUCACUCCACCCUGCAGGGUGUGAUGAACUGCUCAUGAAGAAGGUUACCCAUCCCAAAACACCAGGCUAGAUCUCCAAAUAAAUGGACAGCAGAUCUGGACCUCCCGUCCACAUGAAACCAAAGAAUCCUUCAUCUCAGGGAGAGAAGCUAAGGGUCAGAAGCUGAAAAUAAAUAUGAAGGGCGGGGCUGUCAUUAAGAGUUCCUCAACCUGUGGAGAAGUUUUGUUACAGGGUAGGCCAGACUCAGUGACAGCACUGGGCCUUCCUGUGGCGCCUAGCCUGGAGCCAAACAGCCCGCCGACCCAGUGGGUAGUCUGAGCCCUGGGGUUGCUGAGAACACACCUAAGGAAGAAUAAGAAACAAUCCAAAGAGAAACUAAACAUAGUUCAGUGCUUUUAGCACAAGCUUUUGUGAAUCUCAUAUGGUGUGUGUAUCUUUCGUAAGAUGUUAAGACAUUUUCAGAUCUAUAUGUUAGGCUUGUCACUUUUGUUAAAUAUUUACAAGUGUUUUUGAUGCAUUUGCAACCAAUGUAUAAAUGUCGGGGAAAUUUUAUUCUGUUAUAUCUGUAUACCUGACAUGUUUUAAUAUAUCACCCAAGUUAGGGUGUACUAUAGUGAGAAUUCUUUAUUAUACAACAUACAGUUUAUAAAUCUUGAGAAUUUAUCAAA